CACGUGUUUGUGGGUCAGUAAACAAAAUUGUCCUCACGGAGACACAUGUGCAGUCCAAAAAGGUAUUUAUGUGUUUGAAAUAAGCGAAAGUUUCACCCUCUGCUAAACGUGUUUUUGUUUACUGGCGUUGUUAGCCUCUAAGCUAAUCUUAGCGGCUAAAGCUAGCAGUUGCAAUUAGCCGGCUGAAGCUAACGUCAGUAUUUUGAGAUUGACUCGUAGAAAUGAAGGGAAAAUGGAAAAGCAAAAAGAAGAAAGGAAACGCAGUGUUACAGAAGUACAUGGUGGCGGUGGACGAGUUUAUUAAAAGCAAAAGUGGCGCAGAGGAAGGCGAGGAUGACCACGGUUUGAGAUUUGUGAAAAAGAAAAGCAGAAAGGAGCUGCGUAAAGAAAAGAGAAAACUGAAAAAAGCCAAAAUGAAAAGUCACUAUGAGGGUAAGAAGACUCUCAGUGUACCCCCCGAUGAUGGUGAAAACUCGGAAAUACCAGCUGAUAAACAACCUCAGCAGCAGAAGACGAAGAAAAAGAAGAAGGCAAAGAAAGAAGUGUCAAAUGCAGAGUCAAGUAGUGCUCCCACACAGAAAUUAGACAGCUCCAAAACAUCUCCUAAAAAAGGCAAGAAAAUCAAUAAGCUUCAGGAAUCAAGAAAAAAGGCACUUCUGGAGGCAAAUGAAGACGAGGACAGAGAAAUAAAGAAAUUAGAGCGAUAUCUGGGAUUAAACAAGAGGAAAAACAAGAAAAGUCUGCCUCAGUCCUUUGUGGCUGAUGGACUUGAUUACAUCCUUGGUAUGCUCGACUCUGGCUCAUCAGCUGCAGGGAUGUAUGAUGAUGAUGAUGACAUGGACAUGGCCAAGGAGAACUUUGAAAAGCUCGAUGAGAACGAGUCUCCGCCGUCAGAUGAGGAAGAACCUGGAGAUGAGAUGGCAAAUGAAGGCAGUGAUGACGAUAUGUGUCCAUCUGACAGCGAAAAUGAGAUGGAAGAGGAGGAGGAGGAGGAUGAUGAUGAUGAUGAUGAUGAAGAAGAAAUGGUCGAUGAGGAGGAGAUGGAGGCUGAACUGGAUGAGAGUGAUGAAGCAGACUCAGACGAUGAAAAUCAAAGGGAAACAGAAGAAAAAGCUCCUGACACAAAGACAUCAGGCUCAAAGUCAGAAACUGUCAUCUCUGCAGCAGGUAAAUAUGUACCACCUCACCUGAGAAGCGCUGGAGAUGAUAAACGCAAAGCUGAGCUUGAAAAACUGAAAAGGAAUGUGAAAGGCCUAUUGAACAGGCUGAGUGAGCCCAACAUGGCGUCCAUCAGUGGUCAGCUGGAGGAGCUGUACAUGAGCCACAGCAGGAAGGACAUGAACGACACCCUAACGGAGGUGCUGCUCGCAGCCUGCGUCACCUCGGCCCUGAUGCCCGACAGACUACUGAUGGAGCACGUCCUGCUUGUCAGCGUCCUCCAUCACUCUGUCGGGUUGGAGGUGGGAGCCCAUUUCCUGGAGACGGCCGUGCGGAAGUUUGAUGAGGUUUAUAAGAACUCGACUGAGAACAAGGAGUGCGACAACCUGGUCGCCAUUGUCGGUCACCUCUACAACUUCCAGGUGGUUCACUCUGGCCUCAUCUUCGACAUCCUAAAACUUUUGGUUGGAGCCUUUACAGAGAAGGACAUUGAACUAGUUUUGUUAGUCCUGAGGAAUGUCGGCUUCGCGCUGAGGAAAGACGACGCUCUGGCUCUCAAGGAGCUCAUCUCUGAAGGCCAACGCAAGGCUGGCGAAGCAGGGUCAAAGUUCCAGGAUCAGACCAGGGUGCGUUUUAUGCUGGAAACCAUGCUGGCUUUGAAGAACAAUGACAUGAGGAAGAUCCCGGGCUACGAUCCUGAGCCUGUUGAGAGACUGAGGAAGUUACAGAGGACUCUGAUCCAGCGGAGUGCAGGAGGCAGUGACAUGAAACUGAGGGUCUCUCUGGACAAUCUGCUGGCAGCAGAGCAAGUGGGCCGCUGGUGGAUCGUCGGCUCCUCGUGGAGCGGAGCGCCCAUGAUCAGCGAACAAGGGAACACAUCCUCUAAAGAGAGUACUGCUGAAGGACAGUUUAGUGCUAAAGUGUUAGAGCUGGCAAGGAAACAGAGGAUGAACACUGAGGUCAGAAGAAACAUCUUCUGUGUGAUUAUGACCAGCGAAGAUUACCUGGAUGCCUUUGAGAAACUGCUCAGGAUGGGCCUGAAGGACAAGCAGGAGAGGGAGAUUGUUCAUGUCCUGAUGGACUGCUGUCUGCAGGAGAAAAGCUUCAACGCUUAUUACGCCGUGCUGGGAGAGAAAUUCUGCUCCAACGAUCGCCGUUUCCAGAUGACUUUCCAGUUCAGCCUAUGGGACAAGUUCAGGGAGCUGGCCAACCUUCCCAGCAGCACCUUCAACAACCUGGUCCAGCUGGUUACCCACUUCCUUCAGAAGAAGUGCCUCUCACUCUCCAUACUCAAGGUAAUAGAGUUUGGGGAGCUAGAUAAGGCCACUGUGCGCUUCUUGCGUCAGGUGCUCACCAAACUAUUAAAAGACAUGGAGGCAGAGGACCUAGCCAGCGUGUUUGGAAGGAUUUCAGGAAUUCCCAAGCUAGGAAUGCUGCGGGAGGGCUUGAAGCUUUUCAUCAGCCACUUCCUGCUGAAGAAUGCCCAGUCACAGGGACCAGCUGAGCAAGCAGCGAUGCUGUCAGAGCGCGCCCAGGUCGCCACCAGAGCCAUGGAGGCCAAAGAGGCCAAGCUCAAACUGUAAAGCACAGACACACACAAGCACACACACCAGAAACCCAACAAACGUACAACAGAACAGAAGAACGCUUGAGAAACCCCCACAGAAUAAAUAUCGUUUUAUAUUAAAUUAAUAUUUUGGGGAGACUUUGUACAGAGUUUUUACCAUGAUUUUUUUUUUUAUAUUACUGAUUUUCUGAUAUUUUAAUACAGUGCGUCAUGGUUCAGCUUGAUAGAUUUCACUUCCCAAAUACACUGUGUUUGGAUUGUAACAAGUUCUUAAAAAUAAUUUAUAAUUGCCUCAAUAUAUCACAGAAGGUGGGGCUAAAGCUUUGACCCCACAUAGAAAAAAAGACAUUUUCUCUUCUUUAAGCUCUCAUUUCUUCCUCCUCUGUGCCUUAUUUUUUUUUUCUGAGACCGCCCUCACGGAGGCAGUGUACAGCAAGAGUUAAUAUUGUUGACUUCAGACACCUGGGACCAUUCUUCUGGGCUUUGCUGAGUCUAUUUACACUCUUUCACAAAAUAAAGCGUGUUCUAAUAAAGUCUUUCUCAGCCUUAAA